UGACCUCAAUGAUCUGUUGCGCCAUUGCCUCCAUCAUCCCAACCCUAAAUUAUGCUGUUCGGAGGAAUCAAAGCAAUCCUAAUCUACUGUUUCCUUAGAGAAUCGGAUCAGAUGUGCCCUGACAAAAUACUGUUUUUUCCAAUCUACCCAACAUCCCACCUGUACAAAAUUGGCAAAGGAUCAACUUUCCACGGAAGAAUGUGCAUAAUUGGAGGUGCAAUCAGUAGAACGACGCUGUAUGUUCUCGCGUCUGAUCGAAGUGUGACGAAAUUAGGCUUCGAAUGUCUCUACUACCUGUUGAAGAUAUGCUUGUGACACUCAUGGGUGGCGGCUAAAUUGGGCUGUUAAUAUUUAAUUCGGUACCCACAAAUUCUUCUCCUCAUUCCACAACGUAGAUAGAAUAAUCGCGUCGUUGAGAGAUACCGUAGGUUUUUGUUUGGUUUGCUUGCUUACUGUUCCAUCCAAAUCGGUCGAAUCCGCAGUUGGAAGGCUCUGUGGGUGCAGUUGACGUGAGGAUCAACUGAAGGGAUCUGUAACUGAAUGGUCGGUAUGAUUUCUAAAACGCGGAAUUGACGAUCGUGCCUGAGUCUGUAGAGGAAGUGAUGUGACGUAGUCAUGGCGGAGGAGCCACCGUCGCAGGGCGAGGUGAAGGAAGGGAAGUCAGUCGCAGGAGUACAGGGUAAGGGAUUAGAAUACUGUGAAGUGCUGUCGGAGGAGCAGUUGGCAGGCUUUUACGAGAAAGCUGCCAUCGGCAAUGCAGCAGCAAACAAGUUUCUGGCACUUGAAGUUCUCAAAUUGCCAAACUUCACGUACGAGGGAAAGACUGCGUGUGUACUUGACUACUUUGUUGGCGUCCUGAUGUUUGCGCAGGAGGAGCAUUUUCGCCCAGCGCAGACAUUGCUUGUGUAUCAGUUGGCAAUGGAAGUACUCGAGAAAAUCAAAAAGGGUGCAAGCAUGAAGAAGAUCGAGAAGAUAUUCAAGAGCAUGAUAUUUAGCUGGAGUGUGAAGGUGAAAAGCACCGCCCAUGUGGCGGUCCUCACAACAAUUGAGUUGCAAAAGAUAGUUCCGUUCUUCAUGGAGACAGUAUUUCAGCAUCACAGAUUGUACAGAAACCUCUUCAACCGAGAAUCUCUACAGUGGCGGUAUUGUGAAGAAGUGUAUAUCAACACUCCUCCAGACGACAAAUUCUUAAAACCGCUCAAGCAGUUCAAUACCAUCGAGGAAAUCAACUUGGAUCGGGAAUCGAAAGAAUUACACUGCAAAGAACUGGUCCAGGGAGGAGCCGAAAGACAGGUCCCUGAAGCUGAAGCUCAAUCGUGGCGAGACAAGACUUCGGAGCCGAAACGACCACCCAACAACCUGGAUGAGUACAUCGAUUUCAGGAUCCGGGACACAGUGGAACAAGUGACACUAGUCAUGCAGGAGCAAUAUGAAGCACGCAAGAGUGUUCUCUACAAUAGAAUCGACUCGCUCCGGUCGAUGUCGAAGUGAGAAAUAUCACCAAUACUGGUGAGCUUACCAUAGCCUUUCUCUAGAUGCUCCGGUGAUCUUUGACAUCUGAGCUUCGACGUCUCAUUGCCUGAUGCGGCGCUGCUUCACAAGCAGGCUGUGAUUAGACCACUUCAGCUUAUGGGCCAGCUUAAAUAGGCAAUCUAAUUGAUAAAGUCAGCAUUUAUGAAUUACACAUUGAUGAAUGGCUUUAUCUUUACUCACAGAUUUGUCCUUCUGGAACAGACACAUGUUUUAUGUGCACAUUUGUUUUGUGUCCGUUCAUCAGUUUACUGUUAAAUGUGAGGGAUUCUUUAUGUGUUCAAUGUAUGUGUACACAAAAUUGCAGCAGCCACUUUGUAUAGUGAUUGAUGCUUUCAAUGACUUGAAUUGUGUAGGGAUUUCUUUAUAUUUUUGAUGCAAUAAAAUUGUUAAGUGAUUA